AUGCUGAUUCAUGAUAAAGAUUGUCCAGAAGGUUAUUUAUUACGUUUAAAGAAAAAUCAAAAUGUGACCUCAGAGUUCCUAGAUGUUGUCUUUCAUAAAAUUCCAGAUUUACGAGUUUUUCAUGCACAACUUCAUUCUGAUCUUUAUUUGAAUCGUGAGAAUUUUAUUCAACUUGGACAAGUAUUUCUAGUCAAUGCAAAACAUUUUGAAGAGCUCUAUGUUGAUUUCUGUCUUAAUUAUCCAAAAACUGUUCGUCUGCUUGAAGAAGCACAAAAAUCACGUACAGAUACUUGGAUAUGUCUUAACAAUUGUCAAUUAGAACUACAACACCAACUUCCUCUUGCUACAUAUCUUCUUAAACCAGUACAACGUAUACUCAAGUAUCAGUUACUUUUGCAGGAAUGUGUAAAAUAUGUAAGUCAAAUAAUAGAACUAUUAAAUUCAACAUCACCAACACCUGAUAGACAAUUGUUGACAAGUAGUAGCACCUUGUGUCUUUCAGAAUAUGACAAUAAUGGUAAUAGGAUAUGGUUGGAGUUUUUCAAUGAUUCUAUUUGUACAUUAAGACAAGCUUUAGAACGUAUGAUUCAGGUUGCGGACCAUAUCAAUGAACGUAAACGUUAUCGUGAAUUAUUAGAUCAACUUCGGAUUACUCGAUUAGAUGUUGAUAAUUGGGGCGAUCUAGUAUUACGUGAUCAUUUUCGUAUACCCGGUAAAAAAGAUCUACGUCUUGUUCUGUUAUUUCAAUGUGCACUUAUCUUAUGUAAAUAUACACCGUCUACUUCUACUUCGACUGGUAUCAGUUUGUCAAGUUCACAGUCCAUGCAUAUACAUUGGAGUAAUAAAGCUAAUACAAUGACAACCACAACAACAACAACGACAAUGAAAUCACGUGGUGGAUUAGAUAGAGGAUUAGGAAAUUCUAAUCUCACAGUUAGAUCAAUUGAAAUACGUGAAGUGAUUAGUUGCGCUAAUUUAAUGCUAGUUGAAUGCAUUGACAAAGAUCCAUUAGCAUUUCAUAUAUUACCAUUUGAUAAUCCUAAAGCUCAACGUACUCUACUAGCCAUCAAUUUAGAAGUGAAACGUUUAUGGUGUCGUGAAAUAAAACGUUUAAUAUUAGAAAAUUAUGAUGCAGCUAUUCCGGAGAGAGCUAAACAAAUUGUUCUCAAUAUGGCUGAUUUAACUUAUGGUCCUCCCAUUAAAGAUACAUCUGAUCUACCUAUGAGUUUGUGUAAUUUACAACAAGUUGGAACAUUUGAUUUUGAACAAGACUGUGCCAGUGAUCGAGUACAUCGUAAGAGUGAUACAGCUCUUCCAAAAGAUAAUUGUUCAGCUGAUUCAUUGGUAGUAUCAACAACACCAGAUUCUAAUGAUGCAGAUUUUCGAUGUAUUGCUGUAGAAAUAAAUGAAGAGAAAUUUGGCCUGUUAUCACCUGUCACUGUUCCUACUCUAUGUUCUGUUGAUGAAGCGAAAAAGAAUUCAGUCUCUUCGUUAUCGAAAUUAAACACAAAUUCUUUAAAUUCUCAUGUAAAUAAUUCAGAUAACCACAAAUCUUCUGUUCCUACUACACCUCCUUCUUCACAACAUUUAUUGCAUUAUUCUUCAUCAUCUACUUUUUCACCUACUCAACGAUCAUCAUCAAUAUCAUUAUCUAAUAAACUUGUAAAUAAUCGUGAUCGUACAACUUCCGUUUAUAUUGAUUGUCCAAGUGCAUCAUGUUAUGAUGUGAUUACAUUUGGUCGAACCUAUGAACAAUACAUUGCUAAAGCUCGAGCUAUGGUAGCUUUAUCACCAAAAGAUUUAGAUGAAAUAUUUAGUCCAUUACGACAAUUAGCAUUUAGUAGUAGUAGUAGUAGUGAUCUUGACCAUGAACACUCUCAACGCUCACUUCAUCAUCAUCAUCAUGAUCAAGAUGAAUCAUCAUUAUCGUCGAAUGUUACCAAUGCAACUGCCUCUCCAUUAGUAUUAAAUACAAAUGUGAAUUCAGUGAAACAAUUCUCUGACGACACCAUAUCAACAACUAUGAUUCAAGAUCAAAAUUGUCUAACAUCUAGAUUAAAAUUAUCUUUAACUGAAAUUACAUCUCCUGUAGAAGAAUAUAAAGAUGAGUUUUUUAAUAAUAAUAAUAAUGGUAAUGAUAGGAAUAAUGACUGUUAUUCGUCAGGUGCUAGUUCUCCACGUCAUUUAGUUAGUUGUAUCGCUGUAACACAUAAUAAUCAAAAUGGAUUCAAUAAUAAGUUAAUAACAAAAAAUAUAACUGUGAUACCAAACAACACCUCUGAUACUUCGACAAUGAAAGCGACAAAUUGUGUAUCAACUGCCAGAUCAAAUUCACUAUCAGGAUUUCGAACAACGGAAUUAAAAAAUCAUAUCGAACCAGUCGGUAAUUCAGAUCGUGGACGAAGACGUUCGAAUCUAGAAUCAGUGGAUAGAACUAUCAAUCGUCAAAAUUCACAUAUUCCUCCUAUCAGUUCUAGAUCACCUUUAAGUUCACCAAAACGAUCUCAACCAUAUUCAUCUGUAUCAAAUGGUCGACUGAUAAAUAAAUCAAAUGUUUCUAAACCACCAAGAUUUGUAAAUUAUAACAAUUCAUUGAAAUCUAUUGGGAAACCAAUUAAAACUAACCACAAUCAAUCCAUAGAAGAUGGCAAACAAUCGAUACAGAAUACAACAAACAAGACUUCUUCUUCUUCUUCUUUGUCACUGAUGAAUUCAUCAAAAGAAGUUAAUGUUGAUGAUGGAUUGAAUAAACGAGGACGUCGAAAAUCACGUGCACCUGCUCCACCAAUUAAAUCGCUGGAACAUAUUACUAACACAACAAUAACAGCUAAGACUUUUAGUAUGACUAGUACUACUAUCACUUCUACUACUACCACUACUACUACUACUACAACUACUACAACACUGAAAGCUCCAUUAGCAGUUUCUGAGUUUGGCAAAGAGUUUGAGGAUGAGGCUGAUGAAGAAUGUACAAAAUCUAUUCGUCAAGGUCAUGCACGUGCUGUAUCGACAUGUUUAUCGACAACAUCUAUAAAAUCAAAUAUUUCUUAUUCAACAAGUUCUCGACAAAUUGUCUCUAAUUCAUCAUUUCACAAUAGAAUGAAUACUAUAAACGGAAUAAAUGCAGAGAAACCAGUUAAACCACCUAGAAGACUUAACAAUAAUACAUCCACUUCCACUGAAACUGUUCAUACAAAUGAAAAGAAUAUUGGUAGUGUAAAUUAUUCUCCAACUUUAAAAACUUAUCGUAAACCUCCUUUAUCACAGAAUAAAUUUCCUCAUGAUAUCUCUUUUCAACAUAAAGGGAUUGUGAAGGAUAUGAUAAAUAAGUUUCAACAAGCUUAAAUUUUCAAUAUUUUUUUCUCUGUUUCUCUCGAAUAAUCUACUUUUUAAUGUUGUUACUGUUUAUAUUUUUAACUACAAGAAUGUAUCACCUCUUGACAACUGACUGACUGAUUGAUGAACUCUAUACUGACCGGUUUCUAUAGAUUCUUUUCUAUUUAAUUAUCAUUCAUGUAAAAAAAAUUAUGUAUAUUUUUUUCAACUACUUUAUAAUAAACUAGUAGCUAAAAUUAUUCGGUGAAAUUAAAUUGUACUGCUUGUUUCUUUUGACAUACGCAUUUUUUUCAAAAAAAAAGAAAUAAACCUGUAACAUUAUUCUAAUCUGUUUUUAUUAAAAAAAAAUUUGUUUUUAUGUGA